AAGAUGGCGGCGGCCCCGUAGCGAGUGGGCGGAGUGAGGCUGCCGGAAGCCCGGCUGCCGCCUUCGGGGAGCUUCGGGCGCAGGCCCGGGGAGCCGCGGGCCGAGGCGGGCGCGAUGCCGUUCCCGGGGAGCGCGGCCGGCUGCCGCUGAGGAAGGUGGGGGCGAGGAGGAGCUGCCUUGCCAGCGGCCCCCUAUGCCCGCCGCCUCGCGCUCGGGGCCGGUCGCCGCGUUGCCCGCCUCGGCGCCACCCGUGACUCUCGGGGCCCCGAGCUCCGGCGGCGGCAGCGGCGGCGGCGGCCGGGACCGAGUCCCGCGGGAAGGGAGGCGCCCGUGCGGCGCCCGUGCUUGCGGCCGCGGAGCGAGCGUCUGGCAGGAAGUACUUAAACAGCUCCAGGGGAGUAUUGAAGAUGAAGCUAUGACUUCUUCUGGACAGACUGACUUACUAGAGCGUCUUAAAGAAUUUAACUUAGAUAGCAGUUUUCCUGGAGUGAAACUACGCUCAAAAAUGUCCCUCCGCUCCUAUGGAAGUCGGGAAGGAUCCGUAUCAAGCCGCUCAGGAGAGUGCAGUCCUGUUCCCAUGGGGUCAUUUCCAAGAAGAACAUUUGUAAAUGGAAGCAGAGAAAGUACUGGAUAUUUGGAAGAGCUUGAAAAAGAAAGAAAACCCCUGGAAACAACAGAGAGAGAAAGUGAUGACAGACGCUGCUUCGGGAGCAGAGCCACACAAAACAAUACGGAACGUGUGCUUUUUACUCCUGAGGAGUUUAUCUCAGUAACACUGUCUUGUCGUAUGCUUGUAUCUGUAAUGGUCAGAUCGUUACUCCUUGCUGAUCUUGACAAAGAAGAAAAGGAAAAAGACUGGUAUUAUGCUCAACUUCAGAACCUCACGAAAAGAAUAGAUAGCCUGCCUUUAACUGAAAACUUUUCCUUACAGACAGAUGUGACGAGAAGGCAGCUGGAGUAUGAAGCCAGGCAGAUCAGGGCUGCGAUGGAGGAGCAGCUCGGCACCUGCCAGGACAUGGAGAAACGGGCACAGCGAAGAAUAGCCAGAAUUCAGCAGAUAGAAAAGGACAUACUUCGUGUACGACAGCUUUUACAGUCCCAAGCAGCUGAAGCAGAGAGGUCAUCUCAGAGCAAGCAUGAAGCUGCUUCCCAUGAAGCUGAACGGCAGCAUGAAGGACAAGGAGGGGCAGAGAGCAGCAUGUCACCUUCUGGCGGUGGCCAGAGUUCAGCUACACGAGUGGAUCAUGAAACAGCCAGUGUUUUGAGUUCCAGCAGCACACACUCUGCUCCUCGAAGGCUGACCAGUCAUCUAGGGACCAAGGUGGAAAUGGUGUAUUCAUUGUUGUCAAUGCUUGGUACUCAUGAUAAGGACGAUAUGUCACGAACUUUGCUAGCUAUGUCUAGCUCCCAAGACAGCUGUAUAUCCAUGCGGCAGUCUGGAUGUCUUCCUCUCCUCAUCCAGCUUUUACAUGGCAAUGACAAAGACUCUGUGUUGUUGGGAAAUUCCCGGGGCAGUAAGGAGGCUCGGGCCAGGGCCAGUGCAGCCCUCCACAACAUCAUUCACUCACAGCCUGAUGACAAGAGAGGCAGGCGUGAAAUCCGAGUCCUUCAUCUUUUGGAACAGAUACGCGCUUACUGUGAAACCUGUUGGGAGUGGCAGGAAGCCCAUGAACAAGGCAUGGACCAGGACAAAAAUCCAAUGCCAGCUCCUGUUGAACAUCAGAUCUGUCCUGCUGUGUGUGUUCUAAUGAAACUCUCAUUUGAUGAGGAGCACAGACAUGCUAUGAAUGAACUUGGUAGGAAGGCUACCCGGGGCAUUUCAUCACAGGAGCUAGGUCAGGGGCUUUCAGGGGGACUGCAGGCCAUUGCAGAAUUGUUACAGGUGGACUGUGAGAUGUAUGGGCUUACUAAUGACCACUACAGUAUUACUUUAAGACGGUAUGCUGGAAUGGCUUUGACAAACUUGACCUUUGGAGAUGUUGCCAACAAGGCGACGCUGUGUUCUAUGAAAGGCUGUAUGAGAGCACUCGUGGCCCAGUUAAAGUCUGAAAGUGAAGACUUACAACAGGUUAUUGCAAGUGUUUUGAGGAAUUUGUCUUGGCGAGCAGAUGUAAAUAGCAAAAAGACAUUGCGAGAAGUUGGAAGUGUGAAAGCGUUGAUGGAAUGUGCUUUGGAAGUUAAAAAGGAGUCAACCCUCAAGAGUGUCUUGAGUGCCUUAUGGAACCUGUCUGCACACUGCACUGAGAACAAAGCUGACAUUUGCGCUGUGGACGGAGCGCUCGCGUUCUUGGUUGGCACUCUCACUUACCGAAGCCAGACAAACACUUUGGCCAUUAUUGAAAGUGGAGGUGGGAUACUACGCAAUGUGUCCAGCUUGAUAGCUACAAAUGAAGACCACAGGCAAAUCCUAAGAGAGAACAAUUGCCUACAGACUUUACUGCAGCACUUGAAGUCUCACAGCUUGACAAUAGUCAGCAAUGCGUGUGGGACACUGUGGAAUCUCUCAGCAAGAAACCCCAAAGACCAGGAAGCGCUGUGGGACAUGGGGGCGGUCAGCAUGCUCAAGAACCUCGUCCACUCCAAGCACAAAAUGAUCGCCAUGGGCAGCGCCGCGGCGCUGAGGAACCUCAUGGCAAACAGGCCUGCCAAGUACAAGGAUGCCAACAUUAUGUCUCCUGGGUCAAGUCUGCCAUCCCUUCAUGUCAGGAAACAGAAAGCCCUAGAAGCAGAGUUAGAUGCUCAGCAUUUAUCAGAAACCUUUGACAACAUUGACAAUUUAAGUCCCAAAGCAUCUCAUCGUAGUAAGCAGAGACACAAGCCAAAUCUCUAUGGUGACUAUGUUUUUGACACCAAUCGACAUGAUGAUACUAGGUCAGACAAUUUUAAUACUGGAAACUUGACUGUUCUUUCACCAUAUUUAAAUACUACAGUAUUGCCCAGCUCUUCUUCAUCAAGGGGAAGUUUAGACAGUUCUCGUUCUGAAAAAGACAGAAGUUUAGAGAGAGAACGAGGUAUUGGCCUCAGCACUUACCAUUCAGCAACAGAAAAUCCAGGAUCCUCUUCAAAACGAGGUUUGCAGAUCUCUAGUACUGCAGCCCAGAUCGCCAAAGUUAUGGAAGAAGUGUCAGCCAUUCAUACCUCCCAAGAAGACAGAAGUUCCGGGGCUGCCACCGAAUCCCACUGUGUGACGGAUGAGAGAAACGCGGCGCGAAAGAGCUCCGCUUCCCAUACACAUGCAAACACUUACAGCUUCACUAAGCUGGAAAACUCCAACAGGACGUGUUCCAUGCCUUAUGCCAAAGUGGAAUAUAAGAGAUCUUCAAAUGACAGUCUAAAUAGUGUCAACAGCAGUGACGGGUAUGGUAGAAGGGGUCAGAUGAAACCCUCAGUCGAGUCCUAUUCUGAAGAUGACGAAAGUAAGUUUUGCAGUUAUGGUCAGUAUCCGGCUGAUUUAGCACAUAAGAUACAUAGUGCGAACCAUAUGGACGAUAACGAUGGGGAACUGGACACACCCAUAAAUUACAGUCUUAAGUAUUCGGAUGAGCAGCUGAACUCUGGGAGGCAGAGUCCCUCACAGAAUGAAAGAUGGGCAAGGCCGAAGCACGUAAUAGACGAUGAAAUAAAGCAAACUGAGCAAAGACAGUCAAGAAGCCAAAAUACCAACUAUCCUGUCUAUUCUGAGAGCACUGAUGACAAACACCUCAAAUUCCAGCCGCCACAUUUUGGACAACAGGAAUGUGUUUCCCCAUAUAGGUCCAGGGGAACUAGUGGCUCAGAAACAAAUCGAAUGGGUUCUAGUCAUGCAAUUAAUCAAAAUGUAAACCAGUCUUUGUGCCAGGAAGAUGACUAUGAAGAUGAUAAGCCUACCAACUACAGUGAGCGUUACUCUGAGGAAGAGCAACAUGAAGGAGAGGAGAGGCCGACAAACUAUAGUAUAAAAUAUAAUGAGGAGAAGCACCAUGGGGACCAGCCUAUUGACUAUAGUUUAAAAUAUACCACUGACAUUUCUUCCUCACAGAAACCAUCGUUUUCAUUUUCAAAGAGUCCAUCAGCACAAAACACUAAAACUGAACAUCUCUCUCCAAACAGUGAGAAUACAUCCACACCUUCAUCUAAUUCCAAAAGGCAGAAUCAGCUGCAUCCAGGUUCAGCACAGAGAAAUGGUCAGACUCAAAAAGGGACCGCUUGCAAAGUCCCCUCCAUCACCCAAGAAACAAUGCAGACGUACUGUGUAGAAGACACCCCCAUAUGUUUCUCCAGGUGCAGCUCACUGUCAUCACUGUCAUCGGCUGAAGAUGAAAUAGGGUGUGGCCAGACGACCCAGGAGGCAGAUCCUGCUAAUGCUCUGCAGAUAGCAGAGAUAAAAGAGGGUGAUGUUCCUCGAUCAGCGGAAGAUCCUGCAAGCGAAGUCCCAGCAGUGUCCCAGAGUGCUAGACCCAAACCCAGCAGACUCCAGGCUUCUGGCUUAUCUUCAGAAUCAACCAGGCAAAAGGCUGUAGAGUUUUCUUCAGGGGCCAAGUCUCCCUCCAAAAGUGGUGCUCAGACGCCCAAAAGUCCCCCCGAGCACUAUGUCCAGGAGACCCCACUUGUGUUCAGCAGAUGCACCUCCGUCAGCUCGCUUGACAGCUUUGAGAGUCGCUCCAUUGCCAGCUCUGUGCAGAGCGAGCCGUGCAGUGGGGUGGUGAGUGGCAUUAUCAGCCCCAGUGACCUUCCAGACAGCCCUGGGCAGACCAUGCCACCAAGCAGAAGCAAGACCCCUCCACCUCCUCCACAGACAGUCCAGACCAAGAGAGAGGCGCCAAGAAACAAAGUCCCUGCUGCUGAGAAGAGAGAGAGUGGACAUAAGCAGACGGCUGUGAAUGCUGCCAUCCAGAGGGUGCAGGUCCUUCCGGACGCCGACACUCUAUUGCACUUCGCCACAGAAAGUACUCCGGACGGGUUCUCCUGUUCAUCUAGCCUGAGCGCACUGAGCCUCGACGAGCCGUUUAUACAGAAAGAUGUGGAAUUAAGAAUAAUGCCUCCAGUUCAGGAAAAUGACAAUGGGAACGAAACUGAACCAGAGCAGCCUGAAGAAUCAAAUGAAAGCCAGGACAAAGAGGUAGAAAAGCCUGAUUCUGAGAAAGACUUAUUAGAUGAUUCAGACGAUGAUGAUAUUGAAAUAUUAGAAGAGUGUAUUAUUUCAGCCAUGCCAACAAAGUCAUCACGCAAAGCCAAAAAGCUGGCCCAGACUGCUUCAAAACUACCUCCUCCCGUGGCAAGGAAACCAAGCCAGCUGCCUGUGUACAAACUUCUGCCGUCACAAAACAGGCUGCAGGCACAAAAGCAUGUGAGCUUUACCCCAGGAGAUGAUAUGCCCCGCGUAUACUGUGUAGAAGGGACACCUAUAAACUUCUCCACCGCAACAUCCCUAAGCGAUCUGACAAUAGAGUCCCCUCCAAAUGAGUUAGCUGCUGGAGACGGGGUUAGAGCAGGUACGCAGUCAGGCGAAUUUGAAAAACGAGAUACCAUUCCUACAGAGGGCAGAAGUACAGAUGAAACUCAGAGGGGGAAGAUCUCAUCCAUGGUUAUGCCAGACCUGGAUGACAGUAAAGCAGAGGAAGGAGACAUUCUUGCAGAAUGUAUCAAUUCUGCUAUGCCCAAAGGAAAAAGCCACAAGCCUUUCCGAGUGAAAAAGAUAAUGGACCAGGUCCAGCAAGCAUCAGUGACUUCAUCUGGAGCUAACAAAAAUCAAAUAGACACUAAGAAAAAGAAGCCUACUUCACCAGUAAAGCCCAUGCCACAAAAUACUGAAUAUAGAACACGUGUGAGGAAGAAUACAGAGUCAAAAGUUAACGUAAAUGCUGAAGAAACUUUCUCAGACAACAAAGACUCAAAAAAACAGAGCUUGAAAAGCAAUCCCAAGGACUUGAGCGAUAAGAGCUUGAGGAGCAACCCCAAGGACUUGAGCGAUAAACUGCCAAACAACGAAGACCGCGUCCGCGGAAGCUUCGCCUUUGACUCACCGCACCAUUACACCCCCAUUGAAGGAACUCCUUACUGUUUCUCACGAAACGACUCUUUGAGUUCUCUGGAUUUUGAUGACGAUGAUGUUGACCUUUCCAGGGAAAAGGCCGAGUUAAGAAAGGGGAAAGAAAGUAAGGAGUCAGAAGCCAGAGUUACCUGCCACACAGAGCCAGCCUCAAGCCAACAGGCAGCUAGUAAGUCACAGGCUAGUACAAAACACCCCGUAAUCAGGGGACAGUCUAAACCCGUGCUUCAGAAACAACCCACUUUCCCCCAGUCCUCCAAAGACUUGCCAGAUAGAGGGGCGGCAACGGAUGAAAAAUUGCAGAAUUUUGCUAUUGAAAAUACUCCAGUUUGCUUUUCUCGAAAUUCUUCUCUGAGUUCCCUUAGUGACAUCGACCAAGAAAACAACAAUAACAAAGAAAAUGAACCAGUCAAAGAAGCUGAACCUACCAGCUCACAAGGGGAGCCAAGUAAGCCUCAGGCAUCUGGGUACACGCCCAAGUCGUUUCACGUUGAAGACACCCCCGUCUGCUUCUCGAGAAACAGCUCUCUCAGUUCUCUGAGCAUUGAUUCUGAGGACGACCUGUUGCAGGAGUGUAUAAGUUCUGCAAUGCCAAAAAAGAAGAGGCCUUCCAGACUCAAGGGUGGCAGUGAAAAGCAGAGUCCCAGAAAUAUGGGCGGCACAGUAGCUGAAGACCUGACACUUGACUUGAGGGACAUCCAGAGGCCAGAUUCGGAACACGCUUUAUCUCCUGAUUCGGAGAGUUUUGACUGGAAAGCUAUUCAGGAAGGCGCCAACUCCAUAGUAAGCAGUUUGCACCAAGCCGCCGCGGCCGCCUGUUUAUCUAGACAGGCUUCAUCUGACUCCGAUUCCAUCCUGUCCCUGAAGUCAGGCAUUUCCCUGGGGUCCCCUUUUCAUCUGACACCUGAUCAAGAGGACAAACCCUUCACAGGCAGUAAAGGCCCACGGAUUCUCAAACCUGGGGAGAAAAGCACAUUAGAAGCAAAAAAGAUAGAAUCUGAAAAUAAAGGAAUCAAAGGUGGGAAAAAGGUUUAUAAAAGCUUGAUCACUGGAAAGAUUCGAUCCAACUCAGAAAUUUCCAGCCAAAUGAAACAGCCCCUCCAGGCAAACAUGCCUUCAAUCUCAAGAGGUAGGACCAUGAUUCACAUCCCAGGGGUUCGGAAUAGCUCUUCAAGUACAAGCCCUGUCUCUAAAAAAGGCCCACCCCUCAAGACUCCAGCCUCCAAAAGCCCUAGUGAGGGUCCAGCAACCACCACUUCUCCCAGGGGAACUAAGCCAUCAGUGAAGUCAGAGCUGAGCCCUAUUACCAGGCAAACUUCCCAAAUCAGUGGGUCGAACAAGGGGCCUUCCAGAUCCGGAUCUAGAGACUCCACUCCCUCAAGACCCACCCAGCAGCCACUAAGUAGGCCAAUGCAGUCUCCAGGGCGGAACUCUAUCUCCCCUGGUAGAAAUGGAAUAAGCCCUCCUAAUAAACUGUCUCAGCUACCCAGGACCUCGUCCCCGAGCACUGCUUCCACCAAGUCCUCGGGCUCGGGGAAGAUGUCCUAUGCAUCCCCUGGCAGGCAGAUGAGCCAACAGAACCUUACCAAGCAAGCAGGCUUAUCUAAGAAUGCCAGUAGUAUCCCAAGAAGUGAGUCUGCGUCUAAAGGACUAAAUCAGAUGAAUAAUGGCAAUGGGUCUAAUAAGAAGGUAGAACUUUCUAGGAUGUCUUCAACUAAGUCGAGUGGGAGUGAGUCAGACAGGUCAGAGAGGCCUGCGUUAGUUCGCCAGUCCACCUUCAUCAAAGAAGCCCCCAGCCCGACCCUCCGGAGGAAGCUGGAGGAGUCCGCCUCUCUGGAAUCCCUUUCUCCAUCUUCUAGACCAGAUUCUCCCACCAGAUCCCAGGCACAAACCCCGGUUUUAAGUCCUUCCCUUCCUGACAUGUCUCUGUCCACACCCCCAUCUGUUCAGGCUGGUGGAUGGCGAAAGCUCCCGCCUAAUCUCAGCCCCACCAUUGAGUACGGCGAUGGGAGAUCAGCAAAGCGCCACGACAUCGCUCGCUCCCAUUCGGAAAGCCCUUCCAGACUGCCCAUCAACCGGGCAGGAACCUGGAAGCGGGAGCACAGCAAACACUCCUCAUCCCUCCCUCGGGUGAGCACCUGGAGAAGAACCGGGAGCUCGUCUUCUAUUCUCUCCGCUUCCUCCGAGUCCAGUGAAAAGGCCAAAAGUGAGGAUGAAAAGCAUGUGAGCUCAGCGCCAGGCCCCAGACCGAUGAAAGAAAGCCAAGCACCCACAAAAGGCACGUGGCGGAAAAUAAAGGAAAGCGAGCUCUCCCCCACAAGCGCGCUGGCUCAGACGGCUCCCUCGGGUGCUGCCAAUGGUGCUGAAUCAAAGCCUCUGGUCUACCAGAUGGCGCCCGCUGUUUCUAAGACCGAGGACGUUUGGGUGAGGAUCGAGGACUGCCCCAUCAACAACCCUAGGUCAGGACGGUCCCCCACAGGUAACACGCCCCCGGUGAUUGACAGUGUUUCGGAAAAGGGAAAUCCAAGCACUAAAGACCCGAAAGAUACCCAGGGGAAACAAAGUGCGGGCAGUGGCAGCCCCGUGCACACCGUGGGUCUGGAAAGCCGCCUGAACCCCUGUACUCAGGUAGACGCCCCAGAGCAGAAAGGAACCGAGACAAAGCCGGGGCAGAGUAACGCUGCGCCCGCAGCAGAGGCCGGCGAGCCUUGUGUGGUCGAGCGCACCCCUUUCAGUUCAAGUGGCUCCAGCAAGCACAACUCACCCGGAGGGACUGUUGCUGCCAGGGUGACGCCUUUUAAUUACAACCCCAGCCCGAGGAAAAGCAGUGCGGAUGGCACCUCAGCCCGGCCGUCCCAGAUCCCCACGCCGGUGAGUAGCAACACGAAGAAGCGAGAUUCGAAGACGGACAGCACAGAGUCCGGUGGAGCCCAAAGUCCUAAGCGCCAUUCUGGGUCUUACCUCGUGACGUCUGUUUAAAGGGCUGGAAGGACGGAGCUAGGAAAAGCUGGUGUCCUCACAACUGCUGUAUAGAGACUUUGUUUCAAAGAAAACUUCAAAGGUUGAAACUUUGUAAAUAAGUUUGAUUCUUGCUAGAGAGGUUUUGUUCUGGAAACCAUAUUUGAUAGUCCACUUGGUCCUCACUGGUCAUUUUGGGAGGCACUCUUGUUAGGUAGGAAAAAGAACGGUAAAGCCAAGUAUAUUUGUACAGUAUGUUUUACACGUAUUUAAGUAGCAUCCAUCCCAUUGUCCUUUAAUUGUCGCUUAAGAUAACACUACAGAUAGAAACUAUAUGAUAUAUUGCUGUUAUCAAUCAUUUCUAGAUUAUAAAAUAAACUUACAUCAGGGAGAAAUUUGUAUUUAUGCAAAAAUAGUCCUUGUGAAUCCAUCUAACUCAUAAUUAAUCAUGUGGCUGUGAAAUUCACAGUAAUAUGGUUCCCAAUGAACAUGUUUAUCCAGCCUGCUUUGCUUUAUUUGUUGCAUGAGUGAAACUGAUGGUUCAAUUUCAGAAAUAACGAUUAAUGAUUCUGUGGUCACAUGGUGUGCAUAGGUAGCUACGGUGUAACAAUUCACACUAUUUUGUGCUCAGAUCUGUGUAACUAUAAAACCCUGAAUGAAGCUAUUUUAACUGAACUGGAUUCUAUCAGGAGUAGUGGAAGUUUUGCUAUGCUGCAACUGUUGUAUACUCUGGUAUUUGAGGUGAGAUGGCUGCUCUUUUAUUAGUGAGACACAUUUCAGAAUAAAUUAUUGCUGUAUGUAAACUA